GGGCAUGGCGGGGGCGGGGCAGGGGGAGGCGUGCACGGAACAGGCUGGGGCAUCCCUCGCCCUGGCUCUUUGAGCCCGGACCAGACAGACAAGGGGAGGGGUUCCCGCGAUGGGAUCAGUCAGAUGCCCACCUGGCCGCUCCCCCGAGGGGACUUGGACUCCUCUUAGCGUUGGCAGACCGGUAUAAAUUCCUGGUUUGGAUCGAGCUAUGCCCGAUGCUGCCUUAAGCCUUAUGAGGUCGCCACAGAACCGCAGAGAUGUGAUAAUGGAUCAUCAUGUUUCUACCAUCAAGCCUCGAAGGAUCCAAAACCAAAAUGUCAUUCACCGCUUGGAACGCCGGCGGAUCAGUUCAGGCAAGGCAGGUACCCACUGGCACCAAGUCCGAGUGUUCCAUCAGAAUGUCUUCCCCAACUUCACAGUUGUCAACGUUGAAAAGCCUCCUUGUUUCUUGCGUAAAUUCUCACCUGAUGGACGCUACUUUAUUGCUUUUUCUUCAGACCAGACAUCUCUUGAAAUCUAUGAGUACCAGGGCUGCCAGGCAGCAGAGGACCUACUGCAGGGAUACGAAGGAGAAAUCCUGUCCAAUGGCAAUGACCAGCGGUCAGUGAAUAUCCGGGGCCGGCUCUUUGAACGCUUUUUUGUCCUGCUGCACAUUACCAAUGUUGCGGCCAAUGGUGAGCACCUGAACCGGGAGUGUAGUCUCUUCACUGAUGACUGCCGCUGUGUCAUCGUGGGCUCAGCUGCCUACCUCCCAGAUGAGCCUCACCCUCCAUUUUUUGAGGUAUAUCGGAACAGUGAAUCAGUGACUCCCAACCCACGGUCCCCUCUAGAAGACUAUUCCCUCCACAUCAUUGACCUUCACACCGGCCGCUUAUGUGAUACACGCACAUUCAAGUGUGACAAGGUGGUCUUGUCACACAACCAAGGGCUGUACUUGUACAAAAACAUCCUGGCCAUCUUGUCCGUGCAACAACAGACCAUCCAUGUCUUCCAGGUGACUCCUGAAGGCACUUUCAUUGAUGUGCGGACCAUUGGCCGCUUUUGCUAUGAGGAUGACCUGCUCACUGUGUCAGCUGUUUUCCCUGAGGUACAGCGGGACAGUCAGACAGGCAUGGCCAAUCCCUUUAGGGAUCCUUUCAUCAAUUCCCUCAAACACCGGUUGCUGGUAUAUUUGUGGCGCCGGGCAGAACAGGAUGGUAGUGCAAUGGCCAAGAGGCGCUUCUUCCAGUAUUUUGACCAACUGCGGCAGCUGCGAAUGUGGAAAAUGCAGCUUCUGGAUGAAAACCAUCUAUUUAUCAAGUACACUAGUGAGGAUGUAGUAACACUGCGAGUCACAGAUCCAUCACAGGCAUCUUUCUUUGUGGUGUACAACAUGGUGACGACAGAGGUGAUUGCUGUGUUUGAGAAUACGUCAGAUGAGCUUUUGGAGCUCUUUGAGAACUUCUGUGACCUUUUUCGUAAUGCUACCCUGCACAGUGAAGUCCAGUUUCCCUGCUCAGCUUCUAGCAACAAUUUUGCAAGGCAGAUCCAGCGCCGGUUCAAAGACACUAUUAUAAAUGCCAAGUAUGGAGGCCACACAGAGGCGGUACGCCGGCUGCUGGGUCAGCUCCCCAUCAGUGCUCAGUCUUACAGUGGUAGCCCCUAUCUGGAUUUGUCUCUCUUCAGUUAUGAUGACAAGUGGGUAUCUGUCAUGGAGCGGCCCAAGACUUGUGGAGAUCACCCAAUCAGGUUCUAUGCCCGGGACUCGGGCCUACUCAAGUUUGAGAUCCAGGCGGGGUUAUUGGGCCGCCCCAUCAACCACACAGUGCGACGCCUUGUUGCCUUCACCUUUCACCCUUUUGAGCCUUUCGCUAUUUCUGUGCAGAGGACUAAUGCUGAUACUUGGGUUCCAGGAAGGACUGUGAAAGAGAUGAGAGGCCAUGGAUGCAGCAGCUGUUCCUGGGAGAACUAAGUGGGACAGUGGAGAGAGAUGAAGGAAGGGCAGAAAAAGAAAAAUAUACUGGGGAAGAGCACUGGAGUUGGAUCAAUGGGAGUGUGUUGUAUGACCAAGGGUUGAAGAUGUUUCAAGGAGAGGCCCAGCAUAUACAAAGGCAUGGAAGUAUGGAAAUGGUAAAUAAGCGAAUACAGCUGCAGCAUACGCUGGGGCGAGGGAGACGGGAAAUGUGACUGAACAAGUAGACUGAGGGGAUAUUGGGAAGAGAGGUCUUGUGCAGGUUGCUAGGGUUUUAUGUAGUAGAAGGCAUAAUACAAAUUUCACAAGGUAACUUUCAGCAGUCUAGAAGAUGGCUUGGAGGGAAUAGAGACUAGAGGGAGAGGCCAGGUGAGUCUGUAGUGGUCAUCCAAAGGAGAACGGGAGGGUGUGAAUGCUGCCACUGGGCCCCUGGAUGGAUGAAAUACUUAAUAGAUCAUGAAAAAUAUAGGGUUGCAAAGCAUGAUGAUUCUAAUAAUGUACUAACAAUACAAAGGCUCAGCCAGGCGUGGUGGCUCACGCCUGUAAUCCCAGCACUUUGGGAGGCUGAGGCGGGCAGAUCACGAGGUCAGGAGAUCAAGACCAUCCUGGCUAACACGGUGAAACCCUGUCUCUACUAUAAAUACAAAAAAUUAGCGGGGCGUGCUGGCAGGUGCCUGUAGUCCCAGCUACUUUGGAGGCUGAGGCAGGAGAAUGGCGUGAACCCAGGAGGUGGGGCUUGAGUGAGUGAGCCGAGAUUGCGCCACUGCACUCCAGCCAGCCUGGGGGACAGAGCUAGACUCUGUCUCAAAAAAAACAAAAAACAAAAAAAAAACAACCAAACAAACAAUUCAGUUGCUCCUCAACUUACAAGGGAGUUAUGUCCAGAUAAACCCAUUGUAAGUUGAAGAUAUCUGAUGAUGGGUUUACCUGGGCAUAACCCCAUCUUAAGGACUUUACUCAUUGUGUAUUUCUUUUGCAGUCUUGUAAGUCAAUAAAUCCUGAGUUGAGCCAUUAUUAAGUCAGAUACUGGCUACAAUUGUGUUCUUGUAGUGUACUACCCAUUACCCAGGAGAAGUUGUGUAACAUGUUCGUGGGGCUGAACUAACCUUUCUGCAUAGAAACACUUUACCUGCAGCUUUUUCUUUGAACCAGGUGGUUUGAUUGAACCUGAGGACCUGGCAGAGUGGAAAGAGCAUGGAGUGUGAAGUCACUCAGGUCCCAGUGGGAAUCUGGGCCCUUCUGCUCAUUCAUAUGUGAUCCUAGGCCAAUCUCCUAUCUUUUCUGAAACUUAAUUUGCACUUUCCUCCACCUUAGUCAUACAUUCCAUUGGUCCUAUCUUAGAUCUUUGUAUCACCUCUAACUGCCCACCUCUGAAGUUUCAAUUUCAUAAUUCAUACACCCCACUCUGAUCACUCCGUUUUAGCCUUUCACCUCACUCUCUUUACUACCUCCACUACAGAGGAUCUUAGACCCCA